ACUUCUCUAUCUGUCUUCCAAAAAAAAAAAAAAUCUUAUGUUCAUGAACGAGUUACUAUUUGUGUCCACAUGGGGUCUUACUGUUUUGAAAACAGUUCACUGUUUUCAAGUUCUAGGUGCAUGACAAUGACGUUGAUUAUUUUAAAGUCUUCAACUUGACUUUUGAUUAAUGCUAAAAUUGAAGUGGCACACUGAAAACAGCUAACCCAUGUGUUUUUUUAAAGUUCUGGGGAUUGAUUAUUUAUCUGUAAUAUAUCCAGUUGGAUGUCUCAGACUCACAGAAAAAAUAGUAGUAAUAGUAUCAGCUGAAUCAAUAUAGAGGAAAGGAUGGAGAGCACCAUGAAGGAGAUGAGAGGCGGGGAAUCUGUGCUUGACAUGGACCCCAAAUCUACCGUUGGUGGCGGUGUUGAGGAUGUCUAUGGUGAGGAUUGUGCCACUGAGGACCAGCUUCUCACCCCCUGGACUUACUCUGUAGCCAGUGGAUAUUCAUUGUUGAGGGAUCCACACCAUAACAAAGGGCUUGCAUUCACUGAGACAGAGAGGGAUUCUCACUACUUGCGUGGUUUACUGCCUCCUACUGUUGUCACUCAACAGCUUCAGGAGAAAAAAUUGAUGGCCAGUAUCCGGAAAUAUCAAGUUCCACUGCAAAAGUAUAUGGCCAUGAUGGAACUUCAGGAAAGGAAUGAAAGACUGUUUUACAAGCUUCUAAUUGAUAAUGUUGAGGAGUUGCUCCCAGUUGUCUAUACUCCAACUGUAGGUGAAGCUUGCCAGAAGUAUGGAAGCAUCUUCAGGCGUCCUCAGGGUCUCUACAUAAGCUUGAAAGAGAAGGGAAAAGUUCUUGAUGUCUUGAAGAACUGGCCUGAAAGGAGUAUUCAAGUUAUUGUUGUAACUGAUGGUGAGCGUAUUUUGGGGCUUGGGGAUCUUGGUUGUCAGGGGAUGGGAAUUCCAGUUGGAAAAUUGUCUUUAUACACAGCACUUGGAGGGGUUCGUCCUUCUGCGUGUUUGCCUGUGACCGUCGAUGUGGGCACAAAUAAUGAGGCAUUGUUGAAGGAUGAGUUCUACAUCGGACUUAAACAAAGAAGGGCAACUGGGCAGGAAUACGCUGACUUGUUACACGAGUUCAUGACUGCUGUCAAGCAGAACUAUGGGGAAAAAGUUCUUAUACAGUUUGAAGACUUUGCAAAUCAUAAUGCUUUUACAUUGCUUGCAAAAUAUGGCACAACGCACCUUGUCUUCAAUGAUGAUAUACAGGGGACAGCAUCUGUUGUUCUUGCUGGGGUCGUUGCAGCAUUGAAGUUGAUUGGUGGUACUCUAGCUGACCACAGAUUCUUGUUCCUUGGUGCUGGAGAAGCUGGGACUGGUAUAGCAGAGCUUAUAGCUCUUGAGAUGUCAAAGCAGACAAAAGCUCCCUUGGAAGAGACCCGUAAGAAGAUCUGGCUUGUGGACUCAAAGGGACUGAUUGUUAGUUCUCGUAAAGACUCACUUCAACACUUCAAGAAACCAUGGGCACAUGAACAUGAACCUGUUAAGAAUCUAUUAGGUGCUGUCCAGGCAAUCAAGCCAACAGUUUUGAUUGGAUCAUCUGGAGUGGGAAGAACUUUUACAAAGGAAAUAAUUGAAACCGUGGCCUCCUUCAAUGAGAAACCUCUUAUUAUGGCUCUCUCCAAUCCAACCUCACAAUCAGAGUGCACAGCCGAAGAAGCUUAUACUUGGAGUCAGGGCCGUGCAAUUUUUGCUAGUGGUAGUCCAUUUGAUCCCUUUGAAUACAAUGGCAAACUUUUUGUUCCUGGCCAGGCCAAUAAUGCUUACAUUUUCCCAGGAUUUGGUUUGGGUCUGGUCAUCUCUGGAGCAAUUCGUGUUCAUGAUGACAUGCUUCUGGCAGCCUCGGAAGCCUUGGCUAAGCAAGUGUCUGAGGAAAACUAUGACAAGGGGCUCAUCUACCCACCUUUCUCUAAUAUAAGGAAAAUUUCAGCUAACAUAGCUGCUAACGUGGCUGCUAAGGCAUAUGAACUUGGUGUGGCAACACGUCUCCCUCGUCCUGUGAAUCUUUUGAAAUAUGCUGAGAGUUGCAUGUACUCUCCCGUCUACCGAAGUUUCCGGUAAAUGGUCAGAGGUUUUCAUCUUGAAGCUCGUUGUAUGUCGCUUGAUGCCUAAUGAAUAAGGUCAAGUAAAAAUAUGACUUCGGGUUGGGAAAUUUUAACUCGUACCAUUUAGUGUUUGAGAUAAUAAGAUGUUUGUAUGUUUAUGUUUUGCAAAAGCCCAAUAAUACAAAGUAGUGUAAAACUGUAAAUUACCUUUCCAUGUUAUCCCAUCUGAUUUUUCUCUUAG